UUUUCAUGACUCAUGACUCAUUCCCAUGCAAGUUCCUCUAUUUAUAGCUAGCCCUUGCCAGUUGUCCGAUCCCUUGCAUAUUCUCCAUUUUCAUCAACAAAAUGACUAAAACUUACCCUUUUUUCAUCAAUUUCAUACUACUACUACUAUUAACCACAGCCCAUUUAAAAUCCACCGUACAAAAAUCAGAUCAAUGCAAAACUCUGGUACCACCAGAGCUAGCAAAUUUAGACACUAUAUCCAAUAAACUCCAUAAUGACCCUAAAACCAUCAAAAUUGCUUCCAAUGACUAUGGAAACAUAAUUCAAGAAUUUCCAAUAGCAGUAUUUCAUCCAUCUUCAAUACAAGACAUAAUAACCUUAAUUAAAAUCUCAAACAAUAGCUCUGUUCCUUUCACUAUAGCAGCCAGAGGACAAGGUCACUCUACUAAUGGACAAUCAAUGGCACGUGAUGGAGUUGUAGUUGACAUGGCUAGCUUCAGAAAACAAAGAAAAGGGAUUGCAAUUAGUGUCUCUGAAGACCCUUUGAUUGGUUACUAUGUUGAUGUUGGAGGAGAACAACUAUGGAUUGAUGUUUUGUAUGAAACACUUGAAUAUGGAGUUGCACCAGUUUCUUGGACUGAUUAUCUUUAUCUGACGGUUGGAGGAACACUUUCCAAUGCUGGAAUUAGUGGUCAGACGUUUAGAUAUGGUCCUCAAAUCACUAAUGUUCUUGAACUGGAUGUGAUUACAGGAAAAGGAGACUAUGUAAAGUGCUCUAAUGAGAAGAAUUCAGAGUUAUUUAACGCGGUUCUUGGAGGUUUAGGACAAUUUGGAGUUAUAACAAGGGCAAGGAUUUCUCUUCAGCCAGCUCCCACAAUGGUUAAGUGGAUCAGAUUGCUUUAUAGUGAUUUCUCUGCUUUUACCAAAGAUCAGGAACGAUUAAUCUUAAUGAAAGGAAGCAAACAAAAUAGUGAAUUGGAUUUUUUGGAAGGGAUGCUGCUAAUGCAACAAGGGUCCAUAAAUAAUUGGAGAUCCUCUAAUUUCUUCCCUCUAUCUGAUCAUUCAAGAAUAGCUUCUUUAAUAAAUAAACACAGCAUUCUCUACUGUCUUGAAUUGGUUAAAUAUUACGAUCAUCAAUCUGAGGAAAUGGUCGACAAGGAAAUUCAAGUUAUGCUUCAAGGACUAGCCUAUAUCCCUGGACUUUAUUAUGAGAAAAAUGUGCCAUAUGUUGAGUUCUUGAAUAGAGUCCGAAGUGGAGAGUUGAAGCUUCAAUCACAAGGACUAUGGGAUGUUCCUCACCCAUGGCUCAAUUUAUUUGUACCAAAAUCUCAAAUCUUGGAAUUUAAUUCUGGCGUAUUCAAGGAUAUAAUUCUUAAAAGAAACAUCACCAAUGGAAUUGUUUUGGUUUACCCCAUGAAUAAAAGCAAGUGGGAUGAUAGAAUGUCAACAAUUACACCAAAUGAGGAUAUCUUCUAUGCAGUUGGAUUUUUACACUCAAGUGGAUUUAAUAAUUGGAAAGAAUAUGAAGCUCAAAACAAAGAAAUUUUGGAGUUUUGUAGUCAUGUUGGCAUUAAAGUUAAGCAAUAUCUUCCCAACUACAGCACACAGGAAGAUUGGGAAAAUCAUUUUGGCAAUAAAUGGAUGAGAUUCUUGGAAAGAAAACAUCAAUUUGAUCCUAGAAUGAUUCUAUCACCUGGACAAAAAAUCUUCAACAAUAACUAUAACCAGCAGCAGUAUAUAUGACUAAAACCUAAGAUGAAGAAGAGUGGUUUAUUAUAAUAUGGACCUAUAAUAAAAAAAUGGGCUUUAAAUUAAAGUUGAACCAUAGAGAUUAAAUUAUAAUAGGUUUUUUUUUUAACGCAUAAAUUAUAAUUGGUUUAUGUAUUUUUUUUGUCGUAUUUUAUUAAUCUUUCGUGUUUAAUUUUUUUUUUAUAAGCAAAAGUAUGAAUUAUAAGGAGUACAAAGGGUGUUCAAUCUCUUACCAUUCAAAAGAAGUAAUUCUU